AGUGUAAAAGUGGCCCCUGGAGCUAUCAUUCCUGUGGAUUGUGAAUUGAGAGGAGAAAUAACAAUAGGGAGUAGGACAGUCAUUCACCCCAAAGCACGAAUCAUAGCAGAAGCCGGGCCCAUUAUCAUCGGAGAGUCGAAUCUCAUUGAGGAGCAAGCCGAAAUACUUAAUUUUUAUUUAUAUCAACCAAUCAGGAACUCCGCAUCACGUGAAACACCUCCACAAAAUCAAACAGUCAUGAUCAUUGGGAAUCAGAAUGUCUUUGAAGUUUCAUCAAAAUGUGAGGCACUGAAUGUAGGUGACAAUAACAUCAUUGAGUGCAAAGCCAGUGUAGGUCGUAAUGUUGAACUGAGCAAUGGCUGCAUUGUUGGUCCCAUGUGUAGUAUUACCACUGUAGAAAGAUUGCCGGAGAACACGGUCAUAUAUGGGGCAAAUUGUGACAGGAGAACUCAAUUAGAAAGACCUCCCCCACAAACAGCCCAAUUGGAUUUCUUGAUGAAAAUUCUUCCAAACUACCAUCACAUAAGAAAACACGCCAGGCCUCCUCCAAAAUAA